AGCCACAUGCUAACCACACAAGCACAAGUGCACAACCCAAUGCAACAGCAUCACACUAUCACAGUCAUGUAGGCCCAAGGUGAAUAUAUUGCUUUACUACUUGCUAGUACAGUAGUACUAGCUAAUUAAUUGCUAUGCGUGUGAUUCAUCCAUCCCAUGGCGAUCCCUGGUUCGUUCUGUCACCCAACUGCGCUGCAAGUCUUCGUUUCUGUCCAGUUUGUGUUUGCAGUUCUUGUCCCACAUGCAGCUGGACGGCAUCAUCGGCAUGGCUGCGCUCCGUUCUCAUGCGGCCAUCUCAGCGACGUGUCGCCCCCGUUCCGCCGGCGAGGUGACCCGCCGGAGUGCGGCGUUGCGUCCUACGAGCUGACCUGCACCGACGACAAGCCGGCUACGAUUCAGAUCGACAACGGGACAUACCUUGUGAUGGACAUCAAGUACAAGGAUUCUACCUUCUGGGUCAUCGACGCCAACAUCUCGGAUUCACGUAACAAUUGCCCUCUUCCUCGCUGGAAUCGCGAUUUCGGUUACUACGACCAAAUGUUAUACGAGCGGCAUGGAGAAGACUCCCGCCGCCGCAGCAUCCAAGCUGAACUGAUGCCACCUUAUCAGAGCACUACAGCUACUUUUGUGACAUGUUCGCAGGAAAUACUGAAGAGCAAUGGCAAGUACAGGCCUGUUGCUUGCAUGAGCACCAACAGCUCCUUCGUCUACGUGCUAACUGGCAUGAACUCUGAUUCUAUUGGGAGUCUCGAGCCUUCCUGUGGGUACCUGGCCAUGACUCCUCUGGGUGCCGGCGACCGCCCACUGGUGCUAGAGAAUGCAAGCUACGCCGAUGUUGUCAAACUAAUGAGAGGUGGAUUUGCCAUUCGGUUUCCAUACACAAGUCGUUUUUAUGUCUACUCCUCCAAAAUCAAACAGUGCAUAGCACAGUCAUUCCAAAAUAUCGUCCAAGAGGAACGACCAACGUCUUUCAGGAUUUUCUACACUGUGAUAUUUGACUAUCAUUUCUGGGGUUGCCUGCUUCCUCAUCCAGUUGUCCAACUGAUCGUGGGUGUAAUACCACUGGCCAUGUGGACUUUGAAGUGGAUUGCUGUAUUUUGCAGGUUCAUUUUGGUGCCCCUGGUGAUAUUAACCUUCUUAGCACGCAAUUACUGGAAGAUAAGGAUAACAACUGAUGCAGUAGAGAAGUUCCUCCGGAUGCAAUUAAUGAAUGGUCCAACAAGGUAUGCCUACACUGACCUCAUUGCAAUCACAGGUCACUUCAGGGAGAAGCUCGGCCAAGGAGGUUAUGGCUCUGUAUACAAAGGUGUUCUCCUUCCAGGCAAUGCUCACGUGGCUGUGAAGGUGCUAGGAAACUCUAACUGCAAUGGCGAAGAGUUUAUCAGUGAGGUCUCCACCAUCGGUAGGAUCCACCACAUCAAUGUAGUUCAUCUUGUUGGUUUUUGUUCAGAGGAAAUAAGGAGGGCGCUUGUCUAUGAGUACAUGCCACGGGGAUCGUUGGACAAGUACAUUUUCUCAUCUGAAAGAAGUUUCUCAUGGGAUAAGCUCAAUGAAAUUGCUUUGGGCAUUGCUAGGGGGAUCAACUACCUUCAUCAGGGUUGCGAUAUGCAGAUACUCCACUUUGACAUCAAGCCACACAAUAUCCUUCUUGAUGUCAACUUUGUUCCAAAGGUUGCUGAUUUCGGCCUUGCCAAAUUGUGCCCCAGGGACCAAAGUUUUGUGCCGCUCAGUGCUUUACGGGGAACAAUAGGUUAUAUUGCUCCUGAAAUGAUAUCUCGAAGCUUCGGAAUCAUAUCGAGCAAAUCCGAUGUCUAUAGCUUUGGAAUGUUGCUACUGGAGAUGGCUGGAGGAAGAAGAAACUCAGACAUGUAUGCAGAGAACUCAAAUCAGACCUACUUCCCAUCUUGGGUGUAUGACCAACUAACUGAGCAGCAAGUAGGUGUUGGUGAGAUACCUGCUGGUACUGUUGCUAACAUGCAUGAGCUUGAGAGGAAGCUGUGCAUAAUCGGGCUGCAUUGCAUCCAGAUGAAAUCUCACGAUCGGCCGACGAUGAGCGAGGUCAUAGAGAUGCUUGAAGGUGGCGUUGUUGGCCUGCAGAUGCCUCCAAGACCAUUCUUCUGUGAUGAUGAACCCGUGUCACUUGCGGUGAAUUCUCACCAAUUCUCCUCCGAGCUAAGUGAAAUCUUAGAGGAGGAUGAGUGAAACUUGUGCAUGUUUUGAUGCCAAAUCAGCUAGUAGCUUGCUUGUAAAAUGCUGAAGCUAGAAAUAAUUGUAAACAGUGAUAUAUUUCUUUUUCUUAGAACUAGUGAUAUAUUUCUUGUACACUUAUUUGUUUGUUUACAAACGAAAGAAGCUAUAUGUUAUAGAAA